AUGGCAUCCGAGGAGAAUACUAUCACCGUGUCAGACAAGGAAUACAAUGUCAAUAGUGAGUUAAACAGUCUCCCAGUGCCCUAUCCCACUAACAAUUCCCGCAACAAUGAACCAACUCGUGUAAAUGAACAACUGACAGACACUGAAACCCCUGGAAAUUCCAACAAUACCCCAAAAAGUGAUGCGAUAAAGACGCCCAGCGGGACGCCCACGGUUUUACCAUCAGCGUCACCGAGAAACAUUGUUUUAACCGAAACAUCAGUGUCAAGUGAUGAUGGAAAUGCGGAUGACACUGUUGUCAAUAACACAAUAAUCAGCAUGAUGGAAUCGUGUGAUGUCAGUAAGUGUUUGCAGACUGGUCUUUCAGAAUCAUGCGACAUGCCUGGAAGUGCCUGCAACGACGCGGAAAUGUCCCCCUGUCUUCCUCGAGAGGACACCUCCGCCACGAAAUCACCAGUGGAUCACCUCCCCGAGGUCUUCUCAACUUCUCAAAACGCUAACCCUAUAACAUUUGGCAUCGAUCCAGCCCUCGACGGCAAGAUAGUACCGGUUAAGUUGGACGAGUGCGGCAAUGUGUCGAGUAAAACGCCACAGUUGGGUGAGAGCCCACAAACAAGCAAUGACAUUAUAACGAGUCCACGAAGCCCAGAUUACCCACCCAGAGUGUCAACCGAUCGCCACAACACCUCCAAUCCCCCAUUUCCCCCAUCAAACGUUGAUGUUUCCAUGGACACAGCCAAGUACAACACAUCAGAGACGAUAAAACGAGAGCCAGAGGUCCAAGUUAAGCCAGACGAGGACGAAAAGACGAAGAUGAUAAAGCAGGAGCCCCCAGACAGACCUGAGGAGUUGGUUGUCCACCUGCCAACCUCCACCCUGACGAAGCCCCCCCAGGAGCUAUCGAGAAUCCACUCAUCAUCCUCAUCAACGACGUCAACCUCCUCCACAAUGACCACCGAAAAAGCCAGCAGAGACCACAGUGACAGACACCGUUGCUCUCGUUGCUACAAACGAAGCAAGAUAAAACGAGCGAGCAUAGGAGUCCAGUGCAGAAGAGACAAGAGCAGUAGCCACUCCCUGAAGGCCUCCCUGAAGGACCACAAAUUCCCAACUCCCCUGUCCGCAGCAGACGAGAACCUCCGGAUAAACCUGCAGACUAAAGCCAGCAAGACCCUCAACAAAUCCAUAAUCAAAUCCGAUCAACUCGAGGGCCUGAAGUACCGAAGGUUCAUCCACAUCGAGACCUACCCAAACGGUGGAGCAACUGUUGUCCACAUGUACCAGGACGAGAUUGACAUUCUCCCCAAAGAGGAGAUCGACGAGCUCGCCCAUGAGUUCUUCAAAGUAGUCUUCGGUGAGGACGAGAAUGGAAAUGCUUACAACGUCAUGGGAAUUGUUCACAAUGCAGCAGCCUAUCUGCCAGACCUGCUGGACCACAUGGCGAGUCAUUACCCAACUCUAACCGUGAAGAAUGGAGUCCUGGGGAGGAACAGUGACAUCGAGACAACGACGAUGCUGCAGUACAAAGAGCAAGUCUACAAGGCUUACAACAAUGGAACAGUCAGGUAUGGCCCUCUUCACCAGAUAAGCCUCGUUGGCACAGUUCACGAGGAGGUGGGGGGCUACUUUCCAGACCUCCUCCAGCGACUUGAGGAGGACCCAUUCCUGAAGCUGACGAUGCCCUGGGGGCCUUUGUCAGUGGUGCAGAUGGAGACCCCUCAGGAGUCCAACGACGGCCCAAUCCUGUGGAUACGACCUGGUGAACAGCUGGUGCCCACAGCAGACAUGAACAAGAGCCCCUGCAAACGUCGAAGAACGGGGAUAAACGAGCUGAGGAAUCUCCAGUACCUUCCACGUCUGUCAGAGGCUCGAGAGUACAUGUUUGAGGAUCGCACACGUGCCCAUGCAGACCACGUGGGCCACGGUCUCGACAGAAUGACGACAGCAGCUGUGGGGGUGCUGAAGGCCAUCCACGGCGGGCAGCCCUACGAGUACAACAGGAUAACCAAGGACGUUGUGGCGUUUUACGCUGGGGAUUUUCCGGAUCUCGUGGAGAAGCUCCAGCUGGAUCUCCACGAGCCACCGAUAUCCCAGUGUGUCCAGUGGAUCGAGGAUGCCAAGCUGAAUCAACUGAGGAGACAGGGCAUUCGUUAUGCCAAGGUCAAUCUCUACGACAAUGACAUUUACUUUUUGCCCAGGAAUAUUAUCCAUCAGUUUCGGACGAUAUCAGCUGUUUCGUCGGUGGCAUGGCACGUGAGGCUCAAGCAGUACUAUCCUGACCCAGUGGUGCAUGGCAGCAUCAGGCACAAUCGAUCGAUACCUGAGAAUACCAUAAAGUUCAAGGAAUUGAAGGACGAGCAGAAGGAGAAUGCUGACAGGCAGCACAUGGCUGAGAAGAAGGCCAAGGAGAGGGCUGCUGAGUAUCAGGGGAAUCUCAAGAAGUCCGAUCCUCAGCAUGCGAGGAAGAGGAGCAAGGAGGAGCACAAGAGCAGGGAGCAUGUCAGGGGGGAUAUCAAGAGGAAGGAGUCGAGGGAUGAGGGGGUGACGUUGAAGGAGAGCAAGAGGAGUGACGGGGAGAGGAGGCGAUCUGACAGUGGGAAGAAGCACGAUGACAAGCACAGAAAGUCUGAGAGACGCUCGUCGACAUCCAGUCGGUCGGAGAAGAAGAAACAUGGGGAGGAGAGGAGGCACAGCUCUGGGGCGAAGGAGGAGGAGAAGGGAGGAGGGGAUGCUGUGGGGGAGCCACUCCCUCAGGUCAUUCAGGAGCAGCAGGAGUGCCAGGUGCCUGAGCCUCCAGCAGAGCCUGCGGUUCCCAUGACACUUGAUAACGACCUGGUGGAGGUCAGACAAUCAGUGGGGAAGAUUUAUGCUACUGAGGUGGUGGAUAAGGCCCUCGAAAUAGCCAUUUAUAAAUCAAAAACAGAUGUCGAUGAGGUCUGCCAGUCACUCAGGCUGGGGGUCUCUGAAGCAUCGAAGGAAGUUGUCGAGAAAAUUGAGAGAGAGUGUCGGGAAUUGGCGGUUAAGCGCUUUGAGGACGACUCGAGUCGAUGUGAGAACUAUUUUAAGCUCCUGCAGAAUGAAACUGUGGUGGCUUUCAUGUCGGAGAUGGAGCUGGCUACUGAGAAUGCUGUUAAGGCCCUUGUGGAGAUGGCUGAGGAGGAGGCGAGAGAGCGAGGGAAGAUGGAGGUGCAGGAGGAUCCUUCGGGAAAGGCACUACCUCCCUUGCCCCUUCUCUCACCACCACCACUUCCUCCUCCACCGCCACCGACUACUCCACCACCUGAGCCGGAGUCACCAGAGUCAUCUCCAUGGACAGAAGGUCCCAAUUUCAUUUUCCCCAAGAGUGGGACAAGUCCUGAGGGGAAACAUCCUGUGGCAGAAGUCAAUAUUCAGGAAAAUGCUGCUGGAAAUCCAGAGGAAAAAUGCGAGAGGAAGAAGGAGGAGAGGAUAAUAUCGCCCUCGAGUUCCUCCAAGGACAGCAGGGAUAAGAAGGACUGGGAGGAGAGGCACAAGGAGAGGAGGGAUCGUGAUAGGAGAGAGAGAGAUCACAAGAGAUCGAAUCACAAGGAGAGCUCCUCGAAAUCCCAUCGUUCAUCGAGUAAAUCCACCUCUGGGUACUCGAGCAAGGGUGACAGGAGGUCAGACAAACACAAGGAGUCUUCGUCCAGGAGUCACAGCAAGGACAGGCCCAAGGGCUCCAGCUCAUCCUCCCAUCGACGCAGUGAUGAGGGCAAGUCACAUCACAGCAGAUCUUCCAGCAGGUCUUCCUCUGGACACAAGAGAAAAUUGUCAACCUCCACUGGGCAAGCACACAAGGACAACUCCAAGAGACCCUGCACUGACAGACUCGGUGAUGCCAGUGGUGCAACGUGAAUUGGUUCGAUUAAUUCGUUUUAUUUUACUGUGUAUGAAAUUAGUUCAGUCACUCGUUCACUUGAUUCAUCUUUCUUUUUUUUUACUUUGUGAGAAUUUUUUCGUUUAGCUAUUACUCAUAGUGCAUUGUAAAUAUUCUACAUGCGAGUCAUUGAUCAUUUUUUUUCUUCGGUUGGAGGUAGAAUCCAGUUAAAUUAUUUAGUUAUGAUUUAUUGUUAGGGAUUUGUAAGUGAGGUUUAGCAGAUUUUUCAAAUUAUUUCCCGGUUUUUUGGUUUCAUUAUCGUCUGAUUAUGCUUAUUCAAUUAUAUUUGUUGCUUGGACGAUUAAGGCUUUCCCAGUGAUUACAGUUGCAGUAUCAAAAUAACACGUUUGAGUGUAGGGAUGAAUGAUUAGGGACGAAGUGUGAAAAAGCUUUCUUUUCUAUUUUCGUAUAGAAGAGGAUGGGGUUGAGAUGAUUGUCCAGUGGAGGGAUUAUUUUUCAGUGCAUCGCGGGACCAAGACUACGUCCCUUUGGAAAUAUUUAUAUGAAAUAUAAUUUAUUAAUAUAUGGUUUUAAUUUAUGUCUUGGAUGACUCCAGGGACAAUUGUCUUGAUCCCACUUGCCGAUCAAUCGUAUUUUUCACGAAUUUUUGUGCUUCGAUAUGUUUUUCUUCUUUUAGUUUGAAAAUUGUGGGUAGGAAGAGCAGAUCAUCUGGUCUUUUGCAUUUUUUGACUGAUAAAAGUAUCAAAAAUUACGAUUAGACGGGGAGAGAUAAAUAUGUACAGUAGUUAACAACAGGAACAACAUAAUCUUCAGUGUCGAUGGUAAUUAUUCUUGUUGCACUGUACAUGAAUGAUCUAUGGACAACUCUCAAAGAUGAGUUUGUGGAUUCAUUGGUGAUGACUAUGAAUGAUUUUAUAGCUUGAAGUGAGGGCAGAACACAAGGUUAAAAGUUUAUGUAGAUAGUUUAUAUAAGAAAAAUGAGGGAAAUAAGAAAAAUUCUUGGGAGGAGAACAGAUUUGGACUAAUCUGGAAUAUUCUGAUACUGGUGAGAGGUUAUUGGAACAAAAAUGAUGUUUGGUCUGUACAUUUUGUAAAUAAUUCGAUUUUAUCAAAAGUAGAGCGAGAUAUUUGAAAAACUAUGUGGAAAAUCAAUGGAUAUCGGUUCAUAGAGAGAUGUGAAGUGCGUGACGUUUGUGUAUGCAGAGCAGUCUGGUAUUGUCAUCCUCGUUUCAUUUUUCUUCCUGUGGGGUCAGGGCGGGAGUGAUGAAACGGUUGAAGUCAAUAGAAUUUUUUCAAUUAUUUUGGUAUGAAGUGGUUCUAAGAGUAAAUGUCAAGACAUUUUUUUAGGGAUUUUGCCAGUUUCAGAAAAGGUGUCUUGAAAUUUUCUUCGAAAAUCACUCGAUGUCAAGGUAAAUUGCAGAAGAAUAUUUAUAAGUCACAAACGAAUUCAGUAAUUAGAUUCAGUCCGAACUCAUUACAAAUGGGAAAAACAAUCAUUACAAUUCAUUGCAAUUGGAAUGUAUUUUCCAUGAGAGACAGAAGAAUUUCAGUCCAUCAACAAUUCAAUAAGUUAUAUAUACAUUUAAUUUAUAUAAAUUUUUGAAAGAGUAAAAAAUGUUCAUUCAGUUGAUAGAGAGAUGUGAAAUGCGUGACGUUUGUGCAUGCAGAGCAGUCUGGUAUUGUCAUCCUCGUUUCAUUUUUCUUCCUGUGGGGUCAGGGCGGGAGUGAUGAAACGGUUGAAGUCAAUAGAAUUUUUUCAAUUAUUUUGGUAUGAAGUGGUUCUAAGAGUAAAUGUCAAGACAUUUUUUUAGGGAUUUUGCCAGUUUCAGAAAAGAUGUCUUGAAAUUUUCUUCGAAAAUCACUCGAUGUCCAGGUAAAUUGUAGAAGAAUAUUUAUAAGUCACAAACAAAUUCGGUAAUUGGAUUCAGUCCGGACUCAUUACAAAUGGGAAAAACAAUCAUUACAAUUCAUUGCAAUUGGAAUGUAUUUUCCAUGAGAGACAGAAGAAUUUCAGUCCAUCAACAAUUCAAUAAGUUAUAUAAAUUUAAUUUAUAUAAAUUCUUGAAAGAGUCAAAAAUGUUCACUCAGUUGAUAGAGAGAUGUGAAAUGCGUGACAUUUGUGCAUGCAGAGCAGUCUGGUAUUUUCAUCCUCGUUUCAUUUUUCUUCCUAUGGGGUCAUAGUGGAAGUGAUAGAAUGGUUGAAGUCAAUGGAAUUUCUUCAAUUAUUCCAGACAAGACAUAUUAUUUAUGUCGAGACAUUUUUUAGGAGUUUUGUCCGCUUCAAAAAAGGCGCCUUGGAAUUUUCUUCUAAAAUCACUCGAUGUCAAGAUCGAUGUAGAGGAAUAUUCAUAAGUCACAACUAAAUUCGGCAAUUGAAUUCAGUCCAGACUCAUUACAAAUGAGUAAAAUUAUUUCAUUGCAUGACAAAUGGGCAAUAUUAUUUCGUUGCAUCAACAAUUCAAUGGGUUAUUAAUUUUUUUAUUCAAGUAAAAAAUGUCCUUUCCGUUAAUAGAGAGUUGUGAGAUGUGUGACGUUUGGUAUUCUAACAGACUGGUAUUUUCAUCUUCGUUUCAUUUUUCUUCCUAUGCGGUCAGAGCGGAAAUGAUGAAAUGGUUGAAGUCAAUUUCUAAUUUCAAUUAUUUUGGUAUGAAGUGGGUCUAGGGAUCAAUGUCAUCAUCUUUUAUUAAGGAAUUUUGUCAGUUUCAAAAAAGGUGUCUUGCAAUUUUCAUCUAAAAUCACUCGAUGUCAAAGUAAAUGCAGAAGAUGUAGUAGAAGAAGACGAAUCGGAAACAAAUUUUCUCAUUUCGUGAAUGGAUUCAUGAGUAAGUGGUUUAACGAGAAAUAUGAAGACCUUUUUACAGAAAAUAUAGUAAUCUUUAAAAAAUGUCUUGAAUUUUUCAUCUCAACUUACUGCAGAAACAAUAAUUCUAUCGAGUAUUUCGUAAAUAUCUCUGGAUGGAGGAGAGUUAGAGGAAGAAUAUGUGACCUCUUCUACAGAAAUGUUUAUGAGCCGCAGAAAAAAUUGACAUUUUCCUCGAAACAGAGAGCAGACCAAAUUAAUAUUUUCAAGAAAUGUUGAUACUUCAAUGAAUUGUUGAUGAAAUGGCUGAAUUUUAUCCCAAAAAACGUACUAUUCUUCUGUGAAAUGUGUUCAGACAGAUUCUUACAACCUUUGACUUAAUCCGUUUAUUCCCUUUCCAACUGAUCCAAAAUCAAUUAAUUAUACCCACACAUUAAUAUUUAAUAACACGUUACAUUGCGUUAAAUCACUGACUCUUUGGAAAACAAAAAUACAAAAAAUGAGUAGUUAUGUACGGAGAUAUUGUAAGUAGUUUUACAUAUAAAAGAAUAUAUAAAUAUAUAUAUAAAUAUAUAUAUUAUAUCUGUCACACCAUGUAGAUGAUUCGCAUUCCAGCAUCUAGGUUUUUAAUGAAAAAAUUUAAAGAAAGAAAUACAUUAAUUUUAUCAAA